UUGUUGGCGCAUUGUCGCGGCGGCGGUUAUCGAUCGCGAUGGCAGGCAGUUUUGGCGCGCGCAACAGUCGUGCGGUCGAGUCGCACUAGCGCGUCAACAGCGCCUUUGUGAGCACUCUCGAGGUGAGCGUCCCGCGAUAAGCUAGACUCCACUCGCGCGAGACGCGAGUACGGAAAGCGACAGGCGUGCGGCGCACGGAGCAUCGAAGCGGACGACGAGUGAUCGAGUCAGCGAGGUCGGUCAAAAUGUCAGUGGCUAAGAUGGCGACCUACUCCAUGCAGCGGCUCGACGCCGCACUUUUGUGGCUUUGUCUCACAGGCGUUGGAAUAUCUUACUACGCCUACGUCGUCGAAACCAACAAGGAAAAGGACCACGAUUACCAGCCCUUCUGCGACAUCAGCGAGCACGUCAGCUGUACCAAGGCUUUUAUGUCCGACUACGGCAAAGGAUUCGGCCUAAUCCCAAAGAAUUCGCCUCUACACUUACCGAACAGUAUAUUCGGCAUAAUCUUCUACACGGUAGUCGCCUCUCUGAGUCUGUUCAACAACUACUGGAACACCGUGCUUAUGCUCGUCGCUUCGAUCAUGUCAAAUCUAUUUUCACUGUAUCUCGCCCGAGUCCUUUAUCUUCUUCGAGACGUCUGCGUUGUUUGCGUAGCAACCUACGUGCUGAACGCGUUGAUCCUCGUGCUGACAGUGAAGAAGCUUCGCGAGAUCAAGGCUGCUCCCAGUAAGAAAAGAAAGACCAAGUGAGCGAUUU